AUGAACGCCCGUUUCCGUUUUUGUCUACGGCGAGCGACGUCCAUAUUUGUUCACCGCCGCCGCCGUAACUUUUUCUUCUUCUUCUUCUUUCUUGUUCUCUUCUUCUUUCUUGUUCUCUUCUUCUUCUUCUCCGUCUACAACUUGUUUUCUUCUGAACUGUUGAACUUUUUCCUUAAUAACGUCUUCUUGAAAAAGAUGGCUGAAGACAGUGCAGGGAUCAUAACAGUAACUUGUGGAAACUUAGUUGGCAAACUACACAUGGAUAAAUUCAUUUGCCCAGGCAUUCAUCGUGAAUGUAUAGAGUUUGAUGGCCGUUUUAUAUCCCCCAAACUUUUUUCUGUGAUGGGUGAAAAGGAAAAGCUGAAAGACUGGAAAAAUGCUGUUCGAAUGAAUGGCAUCCAGCUGAGAAAAUAUAUAGAAUCAGGUCAGCUGGAUUUCACCAACCACCAAGAACUAUGCACUGGACGUUGUGUUCCUCGUGCUCCCUUAAAGACAAUGGUAUUUGAUGAUGGCACUGUGGCACCAUUCUCCUCUCUGCUAGCAGGAACUGGCAUUGUCCUAAAGGAGAAUAAUUAUGUCUAUGACAGUGAAGAAAGCAACAUGAAUCACACUGAAGCAUCAGGAAGUCAAAAUAUGUAUAUAAGUCAGUAUUAUAACAGGGACGAUUGGCAUUAUAAUCAUGACAUUAAACCAAAUGUGGAAGUUUUACAUAAGACGAUUACAUUGGAUAAUUCUGAUGAGCAGCCACCUGACGAAAGCCAAUUAUUCUGGAAAGGCAUUAUUGAACUGGGACUCGCAGAUGAAAUUUUCCGGGAAAUCAAGACGACUUUGGAUAAUCUGAAACUUAAUUUAAUCCGGAACAAUUGUCAACUAGAUGAAGUGCGGAAAGUAUCAACAGUUGUGAAUGAAUUGGGCCUGUCUGCAAAACUCAAGUAUCGAUUAGCAGCUCACAAAACUGACAUGGAGAGACAAAAAGAUAAACUUGAUAAAGAAAUGGAAGAAUUACGUCGUCGUGUGGCUGAAGCAGAACACAAAAAGGAACUUUUGAAACGGAAGUCACAGUGUUUUGAUCAUCUUCUAGAAAUAAGCAAAACAGCUAAAUGCCAGGGUCUGAAGGCAGACAGCAGCACUCUUUAUAACAUGCAUGCCUCGUCACCAAGCCCGGAUAGCAGCCAGUUACCUGAACGUGAGGCUCUGGCCACCGUCCAUCAUCUGUACCUCCACUCGGCUUUACUGCUUGAUCAAUAUACUGCUUGUAUUUCCAUGCAUCGCAGAAACACACUACACUUUUUCCUUCCUUCUUUCCUCUUCUUUCCUCUGCUACAACACUGUCUUCUUUUCUUUAUUUUUCUUUUAAAGCUUAUUUUCUUAUCAUAUAGAAAUGAAUUCCCCAAAUCACAAAUUGUUCUCCUUCAAUGA